CCCUUCUUACCUGAAACGGCGUUAACCUUUUCCAGUCUUCGAUUCCAGUCUUAAUGAUAUUGCCUACGACAUAUCCAUGUUGACUGAGUCUUUCGACCUAACGAAUCCCGAACAGCAACUGCAGCUAUGUGUACCUGGGCCUGCUGCUACUUACCGUACGGGGACAUCUCUAAGUUUCUUACCGACUUCGUCAGCUGCAAAAACUGCAGAAACUACCAAUCCCCUAGGUACCGAGCCCAGUGAGCUCUCCCCUCUCAGAUCCACUUCAUAUCAAGCUGCCAGAACAAUCCAAGAAUCAGAACCUGAACGGGCAGAAGCAAUAGAGUCUAGAGCUCCUAUCCAACUUAAUACAUCUCUCAUUCACCCCCGGCCACGAAAUGGUGACCAGACUAUACAUGUAUCACCUCGAAACUCCAAACAUGGCAAAACCGAGAAAUACUUCUGCCCCUACCCCGCCUGCAGCCGUUCUCAACCAGGCUCAGGCUUCUAUCGCAAAGAUCACUUUGAUCAGCAUCUCCGUGGACCACAUAGGCAGGACUCAGUAGCAAGAUUAGGUACAAAAUCAACAGCUGGAUCCAGUGCUCCUCCUCUCACCCUGACCGUCACAAACGAGGCUACUACACACGAAAGCACUUUACAAUCCAAGAAACGCAGUCGUGGAAGCGGUGGGGAAAUCAACCAGCGGACUGGAGCGAAUAAUAAUAGCUACUUUGAGGAACUCGCAGAAGAGCGGAGAUUGCGGUUAUUGGCAGAGCAGGAAAAUCAGAGGUUGAGUCAUAAAUUAGAGAAUUAUGAAGGGCGGAUGCAAAAAUAUGAGGAGAGAUUGGAUAAGAUGAUGGCUCUUAUGGAAAGUUACAACGUGGUCAAAAGAAGGGGGUUUCAAUUGGAGGAUGGGAAUGAUAACUAGAUGAUAUGUUAUCGGCUGAUGGUGUACUUCUAAAUUAUGUAUAAGCGCCUUGCAGAGGAGUGUAGAAAGUCCAAGGUAGUUUAGAAUCCACCUGUAUGACGAUUAGCAUUGGAGUCUAACGAACAAGAUAUUCAAAACUGGUACCGCCAUAAAGAGUGUUCCUAAUUC